GUGAAUUUCAGUUCUCACUGGUACAGGAAGUCAUGUCUCAUUAAGGCAUGGCCAGAGGAGCAGUGAGUCACACACCAGGGGGAGUCACCACGAGCACACAUCAGGAGCUGACUGCCGACUUGAAGUGAAAGCAGCGGCUGCCUCCACCACAGGCCGGCCUGCAGAAUGCUGCCAUCCCUGCUCAUAUCUCUCAUCUUUGCUACUUUGACUGGCGGAGAAAAUCCUGCAAUACAAGUCAUUUUGAACAACAAAGGACUUCAGUACGGCAAGAAUGUGGGUGCAGGAUGGAUUCAAGACAAUCUCAAGAGGGUCACUCUCCCAGACAUCAGCGGUAAAAUCAGCAUCGGCUUCCUGGGCAGCGUAGGAUACACACUCACAGGCGUCUCCGUGAAGCAGUGUGAUUUUCCAGAGCCGUCUGUUCAGUUCCAAGAGGAUAUCUCAGGAUUCAAGUCUUCAAUCUCCGGCCUCAGCGUUGCACUGACCGGCGGCUGGAGGACGCACUAUGGGCUAAUACAUGAUGGGGGAUCGUUCGACCUGGCUGUAUUCGAUGUGGAUGUGACCUCUACAGCGAAGCUGGGGGAGGAUGCAGACGGACACCUGUCCAUCAGCUCUGUCAACUGCAGCGCUGACGUUGGAGACAUAAAGAUGCGCUUUCGCGGUGGAGCCAGUGCCAUCAUCCAGUUUUUCGUGGACAAUUUCCGGGGGUAUAUCGUAGGUGAAAUGGAGAGACAUAUCUGCCCAGCUGUAAAUCAGUAUAUUGAUGCAUUCGAACACCACCUACAGGCCAUGAACGUUUCGUUCCCGGUCGAUCCGUUCCUGGGCAUAGACCUCUCCCUCACCAACCUGCCCUCCGUGGACGCUUCAAGUUUGACGCUGGGCCUCAAGGGCGACUUCUACCAGAUCAAAAGUCACGCGGGCCCUCCCUUCAAGGCCGGGCCUUUCACGCUGCCCAAACAGCCGGGCUUCAUGAUGUCAGUGGGCUUUUCUGAGUUCACCCUGAACUCGGCCUCCUACGUGUACUUCUCAGCCGGGCUGUUUUCAAGACUCGUCAAUGACAGCGUGAUACCUCCCAGCUCUCCUUUCCACCUGAACACCUCUUCAUUCGGGCCGUACAUUCCCCAGCUUCCCAAGCUGUUCCCAGACCUGCUGAUGAGCCUGCAGGUCUACGCCAGGGAGAUGCCCGUGUUUUCCCUCCAGCCUGGCCUCAUUAGAUUGGGCCUCCUAGGUUCGAUCAAGGCCUUCGCCAUCCAGCCCAACGCCACCCUGACCCCGCUGUUCAAACUCAAUGUUGACUCUAAAUUCAGCGGGAAAACGUGGAUUUCCGAUGGAUUGCUGAAGGGCUCCGUGGAAAUGGACAACCUCACCCUGACGCUGGUAUCAAGUGAAGUGGGGCCUUUCCAGACUGUUGCUUUAGAAAACCUUCUGAAGUCGGGGAUAAAGCUGGCAGUCCUGUACAGGCUGAACGCAAAACUGGCCCACGGCUUUGACAUACCCAGAAUGAAACACGCACAGCUGGUCAACACUGUUCUGAAGGUGGAAGAGGGAUUUGUGGCCAUCUCAUCAGACGCUAAGGUGUGGCAGCCAGAGGGAGGCUUCAUCUGACAGAGACACACUGGACUGUUUGAUUCUGGCUCGUCAGUCGACAUGGACGCUUGCUAUUUCUACCUGUUCAGAGUCUUGGUCAGCAGAGCUUGUCAGACUUUAGGCCAGGAACCAAACUGGAUUAGAGGUGUGUUUCCACCUGAGACUCACAUGGAAAAAAAAUUACUAGUGUGCAAAUGAAUAUUGUUUGAAUUGUUUGAUGGAGGUUUAAGAUAUCCAGUUUGUGUCCUGGCCUCUAAAUGAUUACGAAUCCUCGCUAUACCGUCUAUGAUCAAAACAGAUGAACACCUAGUUUAUCUUCCGCUACUGCCUCAAGUCAAAUCAAAGGAGGGACUGAUUACAUUUGCACAUACACCCUAAUUAUACAUGCUUCACCAUAAAAUUAAAGAUUUAAUAAUGGAACCUGGGAUCAUGUCAUUUUCUACAAAGGUGGAAAGUAACAGUCCAAGUUGAGAGAUAAAGAUGAAUCCAGUGUCUCAUUAUUGCCCUCAGAUGAAAUAUGAUUAGCCUCAGUGAGCUGAAGGUGAAUAUUUUACUUGCACUAAGUCGAUUAUUCUGUGUUGUUGAUAAUUCUUGAUUGUUUUCCAUUCUACACUGAUAGGAGAAUGCUUGAAGAUUAUCCAGUUCAAGAUAUUUUGUAUUUUGUUGAAAGAGACAAUGUGCAAAACAUUGUGGGGACAGUUCUUCUUAUAACUGCGAUAUUAUUUUCUCAUUUAUCUGUUCAGUUUUACUCUGCCAGGCCUAAUAUAGCAUGACUUUAAUUAACCUGUAAAGACAGAGGAAGCAGUGCACAGGCUGUUUAAUGUUUUAGUUACCUUUAAGUCACCAGUGUAUUUUUCGAAUAUAUUCCCUGAACAGCUGCCUUUUUAAUGAGCUUUUCACUUCAGAUGUCAUUUAGUUGUAACAUAAAUCAAAGACACCUCGCUUAUAUUUAUCUGAUUUCAAAUAUUUAACUUAUUCUACAGGUUAGAGUUGUUGAAAAAUACUCAACAAAAGCACAGUCUGAACUUGUAGCUUGAUCUGAAUGGCGCUGUUUGAACAUUGGAAAAAGACGGAUCCACAUGGACGAGGCUGGCAUAUUCCAGGAUGCAUCUCAAGUGUCCUAAGUGCCACAACAUAAGCCUUUAAUCCCAGCAGAUUUUCUUUACACAGGACUCCAACACACCGACUCAUGAAACAAUGACAUCUCUUUAUUUUUUUUAUCUUUAAAUGUGCACUUUGUUUCUUUUUUAUAAUUCCGUUACAUUUCGACAUUCUUGGAAUGUGUGUAACGCCAACCAAAAUAUAAAUAUAUACCUAUGUACAGCCACUGUUUUCAAAAUGUUCCGCAUAGAAAAGCAUCACACUUCAUCCAUGAAACAAGAGACUGCUUGGUUACUGGCCCGCUGAUCGGUCAGUUGCAUGGCAGACCACAAUUUUCCCCACGAGGCUAACCCUGGCAAUGAAUGACGUGUUAUUUACAGUAUGAACAAGCGUU